AAGAAACAAUUGUUGACUGAAACAAACACCUCAGCCACGACAACCACAAAGGUGUCACAACUUUUAACCAGAGGAGUCAUUGAAUAAUUUUACCAAUGGGACAGUUGCUACUUUUGAUCAUAAUUUCAUUAAUCUCCCUCCCGCGUUGACUUGAAACGUCUUGGACCUCGGGAGGGAGGAAUAUUGUCCCGUGUUUCUAAAUAGUUUUUGUUUGAUUGAACUGUCUACCAACUGGAUUGAACUCUUAAGUAAUUGAAGAAAAUGAAUUCCGCACGAUUUGAAUACGAGGGGCAGAACGGGCGGCAUGAGCAGGUCACCUUCCUGGAUAACAAAGACAAGAUGGCAUCGAAGAAGAAGACUGGAGUGAUAGUGGGAGUCCUCAUCGCGCUGCUUGUCUUGGGAGCCGUGACAGGAAUCCUCAUCUGGUUCUUUGUUAGCAGGGAGUCUGCGGCCACCAUAAGUAUGAAGCGUGUCCCAGCUCAGCGGGUGUAUAGCGGGCACAUGAAGCUGGACAAUGUGCCCUACAACCAGAAUCUGGAGGACCCCACCAGCACAGAAUUCAACAAGCUGGCAGACGACCUGGAAGAGAUUCUUAAGAUCAACUACAAACAAGUUGAGUUCCUCUCCAAGUACUACACCACAUCUGUGGUGACUGCCUUCAGUGAGGGGGUGCUGGCCUACUACUGGACCCAGUUUGAUAUCCCGGCAGCGGACCUGGAGAUACUGCCAGAGUUCUCUGAGGAGCGGGUCCUGGAGGUGCUGUGGAACGGCAUCAGGGAGCAGGGCAAACGCUCCGGCCAGAGCCUCCACAUCAGCCAAGUCACUGCCUCACGCACAGACCCCAGGAUGGCCAGGAACCCCAGAGCCGAUUACGAGUGUUUCUUCCGGUUGGAGGCUGACUCUUUAGCUCAGAGCUUCCAGUCUCCAGGCUUUCCUGAUCAGUACCCGGCCCAGUCCCGUUGCCAGUGGCAGAUCAGAGCCCCGGAACAGAACGCCAUCUCAGUCCGCUUCUCCCACUUUCACAUAGAGGACGACUGCUCCGAUGACUUUGUGUCCAUCUACGACUCCCUCAGCCCGGAUGAGUCCCAGGCCAUCACUCACAAGUGUGGUCAGAGGCCUCCCAGCAAUCCCCUGGAGGUGGUGUCGUCCAGUAACAUCAUGCUCAUCAACCUUGUCACCGACAGUGCUGUCCAGAGGCCUGGCUUCAGUGCAGAGUACUCAAUCAUCCCCCUAACAACAUCCAAAAGUUGUGGAGGAGUCCUGAAGGAUGCUCAGGGGAACUUUAGCUCUCCCCAUUACCCCAGCUUCUAUCCCCCAGCCCUGGACUGCAAGUGGACCAUUGAGGUCCCUGCAGGGAAGCAGGUACGUGUGAAGUUCACCAUGUUCCGUAUGAAGGAGCCGAGAGUGGACGUCAGGGUGUGUCACAAAGACUACAUAGAGGUCAUGGGCACCAAGUACUGUGGGGAGUUGUCUUCUCUGGCCCUUACCAGUACCACCAACUCUCUGGUUGUGAUGUUCCACUCUGAUGAGUCCUUCACAGACAAAGGCUUCCAGGCUCAGUACAACGCAUAUGAUCCUUCCAACCCUUGCCCCAACCAGUUUGCCUGUGGCUCUGGGUUCUGUAUCAAGAAGGAGCUGCAUUGUGAUGGCUGGAACGACUGUGGGGACAUGAGUGAUGAAAUGAACUGCAAAUGUGAAAAGGACCAGUUUGCCUGUGACAACGGGAUGUGCAAGCCCAAGUACUGGGUGUGCGACCGUGUCAACGACUGCGGUGACGAGAGUGAUGAGAAGCACUGCAGCUGUGCUAAGAAUGAGUGGAGGUGUGGCGACGGGACCUGUUUGCCUCAGGAUGUGGUGUGUGACACUAAGACGGACUGUGUGGAUGGGAGUGACGAGGCUUCCUGUACCGUCUCUCCUGGCACCUGCUCUGACUUCAGCUUUAAGUGUAAGAACGAGGCGUGUGUGAACAAGGUGAACGCUGAGUGUGACCGGGUCAAAGACUGCACCGACGAAUCCGAUGAGGAGGGCUGCGACUGUGGCGUCCGGCCAUAUAAGCUUAACCGUAUUGUGGGCGGGGAGAAUGCGCAGCUGGGGGAGUGGCCCUGGCAGGUGAGCCUGCACUUCCAGACCCGUGGGCAUGUGUGUGGCGCGUCAAUCAUCUCCAACCGCUGGCUCCUGUCUGCCGCCCACUGCUUCAAGACCAUCAGCCCCGAAAACCACGUGGCCUCCAACUGGCAGACGUACAGUGGCAUGCAGGACCAGUAUAAGCAGGAUACUGUUCAGAGAAGAUCGGUGAAGACCAUUAUCACCCACCCAGACUACAACCAGAUGACCUAUGACUACGACAUCGCCCUGCUGGAGCUGAGCCAGCCGCUGGAGUUCACCAACACCAUCCACCCCAUCUGCCUACCCGCACGCUCCCACCUCUUCCCUGCUGGCAUGUCCUGUUGGGUUACAGGCUGGGGCACGCUCCGUGAAGGAGGUUCCAUAGCACGGCUGCUGCAGAAGGCGGAGGUGAAGAUCAUUAACGACACGGUGUGUAACGUGGUCACCGAGGGUCAGGUCACAUCCAGGAUGCUCUGCUCCGGCUUCCUGUCCGGAGGAGUCGACGCCUGUCAGGGAGACUCGGGGGGGUCCCCUGGUGUGCUUCGAGGAAAGUGGAAUGUGGUUCCAGGCAGGCAUCGUGAGCUGGGGUGAGGGCUGCGCUCGUCGGAACAAGCCCGGCGUCUACUCGCGCGUCACCAAGCUGAGAGAUUGGAUCCGCAAGAACACGGGGGUUUGAUGAUGUGGGGA